AUGUGGUUUGAAGGAUCUAACACACCAAACAAAACCAUUUCUGGUGGUUUAUCAUCACCAUUUAGUGUAUUUGUUACUAGUAAUGGUGAUAUUUAUGUCGAUAACGGUGUUAAUGGUCGAGUAGACAAAUGGAUGUCGAAUGCAACAAACAGUGUGCCUGUUAUGCCUGUCAGUGCAUCAUGUUUAGGCAUCUUUAUAGAUAUUAACAAUACUCUAUACUGUUCCAUACAAGAUUCUCACCAAGUCGUUAAAAAGCCACUUAAUAAUAACGCAAGUACACCCAUUGUUGCUGCUGGCACAAAAUGUGCAGGUCCAGCGUCUAAUAUGCUUUAUUACCCUCAAGGAAUAUUUGUUGACAAUAACUUUAAUUUGCUUGUGGCAGAUAGUAGCAAUAAUAGAAUUCAACAAUUUAAAUUAAAUGAAUUAAAUGGAAAAACUAUUGUAGGAAAUGGUGCAACACAAGAUAUUAGCUUAAAUUGUCCCAGUAGUGUUGUACUAGAUGCCGAUGGUUACUUAUUUAUUGUCGAUGGUGGUAAUAAUAGAAUUAUUGGAUCAGAUUCCAACGGUUUUCGAUGUUUAGUUGCAUGCAAUGGUCUUGGUUCAACAUCGAGUCAACUAAAUGGUCCUGGACUGCUUAGUUUUGAUAGCUAUGGAAACAUGUUCGUUGCGGAUUGGGGAAACAACAGAAUUCAGAAGUUCAAUAUAGCAACUAACGCUUGUGAUGUAAGUGCGGCUACAACAUUAUCAUCAACACCAUAUGAAAGAUCAUCAUACACUAUACAAUCAAUAAUGGCAUCGACAUCAAGUUCAAGUUCAUCUUAUCGUAGAGUUAUUUCUUACAAUCAACCGGUAUAUGGAGCACUUGCUUCGUGGAAUUCAACAGCUUUAACUUUUGCAAAUGUUAACAAGAUUGGUUCAAAUGCAUCUGCCAUUUUUAUUGAUUCUAACAACACUCUUUAUAUUGCCUGCUCAGGUUUAAAUCAAAUUCAAAUAUGGCGUGAAGGAAGCAAUCAAUCAACAAAAAACAUAUCUACAGGUAUAUCAUCUCCAGUCAGUAUUUUCGUUACUAACAAUGGAGAUAUUUAUGUUAAUAAUGAUCAACAAUAUGGUGAAGUAGAUAAGUGGGUAUUAAACGCAGGAAACGGUAUUCCUAUUAUGUUCGCUAGCGAACAAUGUACUGGCCUUUUUAUUGAUAUUUAUGAUAAUAUUUACUGUUCCAUUGCCAGUCUUAGUCAAGUGAUUACAAAAUCACUGAAUGAUCCAGUACAUGAAGUAAGAAUUGUUGCUGGUUCAGGUUGCAGUGGAUCAGCAUCAAAUCAGCUUAAUUCACCAUAUGGAAUUUUUGUUGAUAUUAAUCGCAAUUUGUAUGUAGCAGAUACUAGUAACAAUCGAAUUCAAUAUCUUACACCAGGCAGUUUGAAUGGAACAACAAUAGUAGGAGGUUCUUCAUCACACCCCGUCGGCAUACAACUCAUAAAUCCAACGGAUAUUGUACUUGAUGGUAAUAAUUACUUAUUCAUUGUAGAUUCUGGUCAAAAUCGUAUUGUUGGACAAGGACCUAAUGGUUAUCGAUGCAUAGUUGGAUGUCCAAGUGCAACUGGUCCAUCAGCAACAUUAUCUGGACCAUCGACUAUGGCUUUCGAUACCUAUGGCAAUAUCUACGUAGCUGACAAAGGAAACAGGCGAAUUCAAAAAUUCAUUUUGGUAUCUAAUAAUUCCGAAACAACAAGUACCAUGGAGAUGACAACUGACACUUCAUCAUCAAGCAUAAUCACAAGAAUCACAGACACUACUAGUUCGUCAUCACCAACAACAACAACAACAACUACAAGCACCACUACAUCGUCAACUGAAACGACAACAACAACUGUAGGUAGCACUACAUCGUCAAGUACAACAACUACAAGUACUACCACUUUGACAUCAACAUCAACAACAGUCACUAAUGCUAAUAAUUGUCUGCCUCCUAAUAUUACAUUCUUUGGAAAUCUAUCGACUUUCGCAUCACCAUUGCAAUAUCGACGAAGUGAAAAUGUUUAUAUUAUUCCAUAUCUUCAAUUGAAUUGUAGUGCAUCACUUUCUACAAUCAUUAAAUGGACAAUUAAACAAUGUUCAUCGAUUUGUUCAACAGAAAUUCAACUUGAUCAAUCAAUAAUUACAACAUAUAAUGAUCUUUUUAUUCCAGCAAAUAUCUUACUGUAUGGUACUUAUGAAUUGAAACUAACUAUUACAAUGAAAGUUUAUCCCAGUAUCAAUUCUACUGCUUUUACUUAUAUCAAAAUUAUUCCAUCAAGUAUUACAGCAAAUUUAGUUCAACAUGGAACUUCAAUGAUUGUACGUGGAUAUCAACAAAAUCUUACAUUAAAUCCUGGAGAAUAUUCUGUUGAUCCUGAUACAAUUAUAUUUAAUACAAGUAAUUGGAAUUAUGAAUAUUAUUGUCGAAUCUAUGGUCUCUAUGACUUUCCAAGUAUCAAUGGAUUAUUAUUAACAAUCAAUGAUUCUAGAACUGAUCCAUUCAAUCCAUCAUGUUUAUCAAAUCAUUCAAGAAAUGGAUCUGCAUUACAAUAUGACGGACCAAUUGCAUCACGUAACUCUUCAUUGACAAUGCUUUCUGGUUCAUUCUCUUCGAAUAGAACAUAUCAAAUUAUGGUUAUAAUGACAAAUCGUCAGAGUUCUUCUAUUCAAGCUGUUGGUUAUCUUAUUGUACAUGUUGAAGAUACUAAUGUUGAAAUGAUUCUUCUUGCUUGUGUGAUUUCUACAAUGUGUAUUCCAGAUAUGGAAUAUCAAUAUAUUAAUCCAACAACACAAGUAGCAUUAUUUUCAGCUUGUGCUGAUAAUUGUGAAACAAUUGAAAAUAUAACAUGGAAUAUUUAUCAAGGAUCAAUAAAUUCAUCAACAAAUAUGACUGAAUGGAUUUUAUUUAAUCAAACGAACUCCUAUCAAAAUCUAUGGUUUUUUGGUAUGAAUACAAGUAAUUUUACAGCAACAAAUCAAUUAUUUAUUAAUAAUCCUUCAAUAAUUUAUUGGCGUUUUGAAGUUGUUUAUUUCUUUGGAUUACAAUCAAGUUCAAGUGCAAUAAAUUUUAUCAUUAAUCAACCGCCUGGAAAUGGUUCAUGUUCAAUUGAUCCAAUGAAUGGUACAACUAGUACAUUAUUUACUAUUUCUUGUCUUAAUUGGUAUGAUAAAGAUAAUAUUAAAGAUUAUUUAUUUUAUGGAUGGACAGUAGACCCAUCAGAUCAAAUAAUGCUUGGCUUUUCAUUUGUAUCAAGCAUUGAAAUGUUCUUACCUGGAACAACUGAUAAUAAUUCAUUAUUAAAUAUUGUUGUUUAUAUUCGUGAUACAUUUGAUUGUGUUACAGAAUUCAAUAUACCAUCAAUUUUUGUUCAAUCAGAUAUCAAUGUAAUAAAUAAUUCUUUUCUUCCAAUGCUUAUGAAUGGAAAUCAAAAUAGAAUUAAUCAAAUAAUUACAUCACUUUCACAACAACUCAAUCAAAUAAAUGAUCUUGCUAUUGAAACUGCUCUUACAAAUGGUGUUUCUAUUACAACAAUUUCAAUAUCAUCAUUGAAUAGUAUAACUGAACAAACAAUAUCAUCUGUCUCAUCAAAUGCUUCUGCUCUUGCUGAAUAUAAUAAACAAUUAAAUAUUUAUGCUAAUAUUCGAGAUUCUGUUGUAACAUAUAUUACAAAUUUACCUAUAACAACUGUAGAUAGUAUUAAAUUACAAGCAUCUACUUUAGCUCAAUUUACACAAGCAACAAAUCAAUUAACACGAAAUUCUUUAAUGCUUGUAUCGGAUAAAUGUUAUCAAUUGGCUUUAGCUCUACAAUCAAAGACAACAACAAUUUCUUAUGAUGAUGUUCAAACAGGAGUGACAUAUAUAACUCAAUGUGCUAACAAUAUUUUGAGCGCUGUUAAUGGUCCAUUACAACAACGAACAACUAUUCUUGAUUUAGACUGGUCUCGUGCUAAUAAUUUUCCUGCUGAUUAUGAUACUGAUUUAGAUUAUGAAUGGUCUAAUCUAAAUUUAUUUGCUGAUGGAAAUGAUUUUUCAUGGAAAACAAUUGAAAAAAAUCGAAAUAAUUAUUAUCAAAAACAAACAGCUGAUAAGAUAAAUAAUCAAAUGACAGAGACAAUUUCAUUAAUAACAAAUACUCUUAAUACUCAUUUAAAUAUUGGUCAAAAUUUUACAAUAAAUUCUUCGGAUGUAUUUUUUUCAAUUGAAACAAUAUCAAUUUUAUCUUUAUCAAAUAAAUUUAUUCAACAAAGUGGUAAUACUCAUAUUCGUAUUCCAUUCACUUUUUAUUUAACUACAAAUGAUAAUUCAUCAAUUUCACUUCGAUCAAUGACUCAACCACUUGCAUUAGCUGAUAAUAGUCAAUCAAAUACAAAUCUAUCAAGAUCAGUGUCAUUAACAAUAUUAGAUCGUUAUGGAAAUGAAAUACCUCUUCGAACAAAUCUUAAUGAAAAAAUUGAAUUAAUAAUACCUCGUGAUCCAAAUAUAAUUAUUCCAUCGAUGACUUUACAAAAUGUAACUUCAAUUCAAACGAAUUCUCAUUAUCUAACAUUUAAUCUUCAUUUUAUUAAUCUUCAACAAUUACAAUCGGAUAGUAAUCGAAGUGUUUCAUUAAUUUUUGAAAUGAAACCUUUAGAUAUCAAUCAAAGUUAUUUAUUAAUCUAUAGAUUUGAUAGUUCACCACAAUUAAAUAGUUCAAUUAAUCAAAUUGAUGGAUGGUCACUUCUUUGUCCUUCAAAUUUAACAAAUGAUACAUUUUAUAAAUAUUUUCUUAAUAAUGAACAAACAUUUGGUCAUCAAUCAAUUAUAUUUGGUUUACGAGAAUUAAAUUUAAUAGAAUAUGAAAAUUUUUGUAUAAAUCAAUCAAAUAAUAAUAAUCUACCAAUAUCAAAUGAACUAUUUAAUUUUACUUCAAAUUAUGAAUUAAGAACUUAUACAGCAUGUUGUUAUUAUUUAGAUCAAAAUUCUAUUUGGAGAACAGAUGGAAUAUUGGUUGGAUCUGAAACGAAUCAUUAUCAAACUCAAUGUUUUUCAAAUCAUUUAACAACAUUUGCAGGUGGAUUUCUUGUUUUACCAUCACCUAUUAAUUGGAAUUAUGUCUUUCAGAAUGCUGAUUUUUCGAAAAAUAAAACAAUUUAUUUAACUAUUAUUUGUAUUUGUAUACUUUAUGUAUUAAUAGUUAUCUAUGCACGUUAUAAAGAUAAAAAAGAUCUUGAAAAAUUAGGUGUAACACCAUUAUCCGAUAAUUAUUCUGCUGAUCAAUAUUUUUAUCAAAUCCUUGUUUUUACUGGUCAUCGAGCAAAUGCUGGAACAAAUUCAAAAGUUCAAUUUAUUCUUGCAGGUGAAGAAGAUGAAACAGCAGUUCGUACUUUUUCUGAUCCUCAUCGAAAAAUUUUGCAACGCGGUGGAAUCGAUGCUUUUAUUAUGGCUGUUCCAAAAUCAUUAGGAUUAUUGAAUUACAUACGUAUUUGGCAUGACAAUAGCGGUCAACGUGAUAAAGCAUCAUGGUUUCUUAAAUAUAUUAUUGUUCGUGAUCUACAGACAAUGCAAAAAUCUUAUUUUAUAUGUCAACAAUGGUUUGCUGUGGAAAAAGAUGAUGGACGUAUUGAACGAAUUUUACCAAUAGCGGGUGAAAUACAAAAACAUGAAUUUUCCUAUGUUUUAUCCAAACAAGCAUAUCAUAGUAUAACAGAAGGUCAUCUUUGGUUUUCAAUAUUUUCUCGUCCACCAUCAAAUAAAUUUACACGUGUUCAACGAUGUACUUGUUGUUUUGUAUUACUUUUUACUGCAAUGCUUUUAAAUAUUCUUUAUUAUGAUCAAACAAAUGAAACAAAAACAAAUCAGACAAGUGGAAGUUUAUCAUUUGGCCCAUUAUAUAUCAGUUCUCAACAGAUUAGUAUUGGUAUAAUUGUGGAAAUUCUUUCAUUUGUUCCAAGUUUAUUACUUGUUCAAUUCUUUCGACGAAUAUUACCUCGACAAUCAAUAAAAUCAAAUAAAAAGAAACGAUCACGAUUGAUGUUUCCUUGGUGGUGUUUAUUUUUUGCUUAUAGUUUAUCAUUUAUAUUAGUUCUGAUAUCAUCAUUUUUUAUAAUCGUUCGUGGUAUUCAAUUUGGUGAUUUGAAAACACAAAAAUGGUUAACAUCACUUAUAAGUGGUUUCUUUUCAUCAAUACUUUUAAUUCAACCAUUAAAAAUUGUUGCAUUAGCAAUUUUCUUUGCUUUCUUUAUUCGAAAAUCAGACAAAGAUAAUGAAGCAGCUGAAUAUUUGGAGGAUAAUGAUGAUUUUGAUUCAAAUCAUAAUGAAGAAUAUAUACAUUCAAGAGAAUCUCCAUUUACUUAUCGUUCACAAAUUUCUAAUGAUCGUUUAAAUGAAGGUGAAUUAGCGUGGGCUCGUGAUCAACGUUUAAAAGAAAUACGUAUGUGGACAAUUAUUCGAGAAAUUGUAUUCUAUUUCUAUUUUCUAAUACUGAUAUAUCUUAUGACUUAUAUAAAUAUGAAUUCAAAUGCUUUCUUUCAAGUCAAUCAUUUAAGAAAUUAUUUUUUAAAUACAAACCAAAUUGAUAAUGAUUAUACGAAAAUUUCUACGAUUGAUCAAUAUUGGAAUUGGUUAGAAAAUAGUUUCAUUUCAAAUAUUCGUGCUCAACAAUGGUAUAAUGGUGAUACACCUAAGAAUUUAAGUGGUUUUAUUAAUGAUAAAUCAAAUCGAUUAAUUGGUAGAGCAAUAAUGAGACAAUUACGUAUACAAUCAAGUUUAUGUCAAACACAAAUAGUAUUGAAAUGUAGCGAAGAUUAUAGUUUUUUUAAUGAAGAAAAAAAUUCUUAUAAACCUGGAUGGAUAAAUCAAACAACACAAUAUUCUAAUUCUUCGAUUGACCAAGCUUUCAUAUAUCAAACAGGAGAUGAACUUGAUCAAUACAUGUACGUUGGUGAUCUUGAAACAUACAGUUCAGGUGGUUAUAUCUAUGAAUAUCAAGGUCGUUUAUUUGAUCUUCAAAGUAAUUUAUCUGAACUUCAUCGAUUAAGUUGGAUUGAUAGUCAGACACGAGCAAUAAUUAUUCAAUUAACUUUAUACAAUCCGAAUGUUGUAUUAUUUACUUCAGUUACUUUUCUUGUUGAAUUUUUAUCAACAGGUAGUUUAAUUCCACAAUAUCGUUUUGAACCGUUAACUUUUCAAGUUUUUACAUCAACAUUUCAAUUAGUUUGUUCAAUUAUGUAUAUGUUAUUUAUAAUCUAUUAUAUGGUAUUAGAAAUAAAAACUGUAAUUAAAAUGAAAUCUUCAUAUUUUUAUCGCUUUUGGUCUUAUAUUGACGUUGGUAUUAUUGGUUGUUCAUGGGGAAUAUUAGGAGUUUAUAUAUGGCGAUAUCAAAAAUCAAUUGAUAUUGGUAAUCGUUUUAAAGAAACAAAUGGAUAUACAUUUAUUAAUUUACAAGUAGCAACAUAUAUCAAUGAUAUUUUAACUUGUUUAUUUGGGUUUUGUUGUUUUUUUGGUACUUUAAAAUUUCUUCGUUUAUGUCGAUUUCAUAAACGUUUAUCAUUAUUUACUGAAACACUUCAGCAUGCAAAAAAAGAUUUAUUUUCAUUUAUGAUUAUGUUUUUCUUUAUAUUUAUGGCUUUUCUAACACUUUUUUAUCUAUUAUUUAUGGAUAAAAUUUGGAGUUGUUCAACAUUAUUACAUACAGCACAAAUGCUUUUUGAAAUGAUGUUAAUGAAAUUUGAUGCAUAUGAAUUAACAAAUGCUGCACCAAUUCUCGGACCCAUUUGCUUCAGUUUAUUCUUCGUAUUUGUUGUAUUUAUUUGUAUGACUAUGUUUAUUACUAUUGUAAGUGAUAGUUUUCGUAUCGUUCGCAAGAAUACAAAAGUUAAUUAUAAUGAAGAUCAGGCAAUUUUCGAAUUUAUGCUUCAUAAAUUUCAACGUUGGAUAGGAUGGAGAAAAUUAUAUGACGUCGAAUCAUUUGAGCAAAGCUAUGAACAAUUGCGUGGAAAAUACUCUGAUCCAAUUGAGCAUUUUCCUAAUAAAAUAGAUCAAUUAUUAAAUGCACUCAAUCGACUUUACAUGAGUCAACAAAAUAAUAUAAAAUGA